AUGACGUCUGCAUCCAGACCGGACUCGAUCUCUGGCGGCUGCCUCUGCGGCGCCAUCCGCUACACCAUCCAAUUCCCCGCCGGUGCCGAGUGGCCUCCGUCCCACAACGCAACAUGCCAAUGCACCCAAUGCCGCAAAACCACCGGCUCGCUCCUCCCCCACCUCCUCGAACUACCCGCCACAGACAUCACCCCCGACCUAACAACCGAGUCCCCCUCCGCCCUCCCCACCUACCGCCUCUACCGCUCCUCCCCCAAGGCCCAGCGCGGCUUCUGCGCCACCUGCGGCUCGAGCCUGACGUGGCAGACGGCGGACGCGCCGGGGCGGAUCGAGGUGCACGUGGGGACGUUGGACGAGGAGGUGUUGAUUGGGAAGGUCGUGGAGGAGAAAGAUGGUGACGAUGGGUACGGGGCGGUUCGGAAGAGGAACGGUGGGUGGGGCAAGGAGCUGGCGGUUGCGCGGUGGCACAAUUACGUCGAGAAUGCGGUGCCCGGGGUGACGGACGGCGUGGCCGGGCCGAAGUACUUGACGGUUGGGUCGCAGGGGCAGAGGGGUUUCGAGGGGGAUCUGGCGAGUAUUGGGAGGGCUUGA